AUGAAGAUUAAUUUGGUUGAUAUUUUUCUUUAAGAUGAAUAUAUAUAUAUAUUGGAUCAUGAGAAUGGAGUAAAAAGAGUGUUUUUAGAAGAUAAUAAAAUAGAUAAUGAUUUUUAUAUAAACCAAACUGGUUGCUAAUUAAUUUCGAUUUUUAAGGAUUCUGCAAUUUUAGUGUAGCAGAAUCAACAAAGAUCAAUAAUUUAUGAAGGAAUUAUUAACAAUAAAAGUUGGACUCUAUUACAAAGUAAAUAAAUAUCCAAAAAGAUAAUAAAAAAUAUUAAACAUCUUUAACAUUAUGCCUUAUUAUUGAGUAAUCCAAUCAAUAAUAUUCAUAGAAAAUAUAUGAUUGAAUAAUAUACGGAUAAAUAAAUUCUAUAAGGGUAUAAAUUAUUUUAAAUAAUAAGUGAUGACUUUUAUCAAAUGGAUUUUCUAGGAAUGGAGAAUUUAGAUUCAAAUUAUCUGAUAGGAAUUUUUAAAUAUGGAAUAGCUUUAUAUUAUACAAUGGAAAAACCAAGCACUAUUGUUUGUUCUGCAUAAAUACCAUAAAUUAAUAGAAUUAAAGUAAAUUUUUAUAUUAUGAGAUUAGAUUAAAUUGAUUAGUACUUAAUGUCCAAACUAGAAUCAAACAGAUUUAUUGAAUUAUUGUUCAUCUGAACUUGAAUAUGUAUUCGAAGUUCGUGGAGCUUUAAUGAAUGAAUUUUAAGAGCGAAUCUUUAUUUAUUUAUGUAUAGGAGCAAGUAUAAUUGUUUGGUUGUUGGUGGUCUCGAUUAUUUAUAUAAUAAGAAGAUAUCAAAUGAAAAAAAAUUAAAUCAAUGAAAUGAAAAUGAAGAAAAUAAAACCUAAAUGA